AUGGGUGUGUUCUGGAACGCUUUUGUUCCUGGAACUCAACUCCUGUACGGCCUGCCCGAGUAUAAGCUGCGAAGAUUUGUCAACGUAGGUCGCAAUCAAGACAAUGUCUCUACGGAUUUGUUGACAUUAGGCGCAGUUUCUUCAACCGAUGAGUGGAAUUCUACCGAGACGAGAGCGCUCUUUCAGCGUCGUUCCAUUUCUGAUGGUGUUAAUCUAAGGAUAUUACCACUCGGAGAUUCUAUUACCUGGGGAACUGGAAGUAGUGAUGGAAACAGCUAUCGCUGGAGGUUAAUGAACCUGCUGGUGGGGAACACGGUCACUUACAUUGGGUCCCAGAGGUCGGGAACGAUGGUCAACAACAAUAACGAAGGUCAUUCAGGCGCUGUCAUCGCUGAAAUCGAGGGAUUUUCAGAAAAUAGCCUCCCCCUGCGGCCAAACAUCGUGUUGGUCCUUGCCGGAACGAACGAUAUCAAUAAACCUUCAGAUCCUGCUGGCGCACCAGACCGUCUCGCUAGCCUCAUCGACAAGAUAAUCGCUGCAUGCCCAGAUGCUGCAAUUCUGGUUGGGCAGAUUACUCCCAUCAAUGAUACCGACAAGAAUGCGGCAGCACAAACCUACAAUGCUGCGAUUCCCGACGUUGUGGCCGCUCGAGCAAAUGCGGGUUCCAAGGUCCUAGUAGUGGAUAUGAACACUCCCUUGAACAUUGCCAAAGAUCUCUCAGAUGGACUGCAUCCCAAUGAUCGUGGUUACAGCCAGAUGGCCAGCAUAUGGUACAGUGGCAUCCAACAGGCUGCGGAAAAGGGGUGGAUCGGUGAACCUAUCCCUUCGCCCAUCGGCAAUCACAAUCACACAUGCGUUACCUACUUGACCUGGGAUUCAAAAUUCGGCACAAUCGCUACCGGAGUAGGGAGUGGUGACGCCCCCUUUGUCUCGGGUUGGCAGCCAGCUGGGGAGCUUGCAACUGGAAAUGUCGGAUUCAACAACUGGUUGCCAGUUAUUGUCACACAGGGUGCUGGAGUUCGGCUAGCUGAUAUGAAUGGAGAUGGUCGAGAUGACUAUCUGUGGGUGCACCCCAACACUGGAGCCCUCACGCUCUAUCUUAACGGGGGAUACAGCGCAGAUGGGGGCGUGAACUGGAUCUUCAAAGGACAAAUUGCGACAGGCGUUGGGGAUGGACCAGGUGUUAUGUUUGCUGAUAUUAACGGUGACGGUCGGGACGAUUACCUCUGGGUUGCAUCUACUGGAGAAGUAACUGCAUACCUCAAUGGGGGAGAGCAAGCCGGCGGCGGCUGGUUGUGGACGCCUCUUGGCCAGAUAGCAAGUGGUGGCACGGGGGCUACUCGAGCUACCACCAGAUUUGCUGAUAUCGAUGGAGAUGGCAGGGCAGACUAUUUUGUUGUUGGCCCAGGGGGCUCUUUGAACGCAUGGAUUAACCUUGGCCUAAGCGACCGACCGGACUGGUAUCCUUUGGGGAUAAUUGCUGACGGUAUUGGUGAUGCUGCUGGCGUUUUCCUUUAUGACCUAAAUAACGAUGGUCUGGCAGACUAUAUUUGGCUUGCGAAAGAUGGUGCAGCAACGGUCUACAUCAACAAUCGGGGACCCUCGAAGGGACUCGCGCCUACAUGGGUCAACGCCGGGAUAAUUGCAACUGGUGUUGGUUCACCCCGAGAUGAAAUCAUUUUUGGCGACCUCAAUGGCGAUGGGAAGAAAGAUUACGUCCAGAUUGACCCGGGAACAGGGGCCCUUAAGGUUUGGUUCAAUACAGGUAGUGGUGGCACAUAUGUCGUUGGCGAUGGGACUAGAUUUGCUGAUAUGGAUGGCGAUGGUUUUGAUGACUAUCUAGCCAUCAGUCCGAAUGGUGCCAUUGAGCUUUGGCUCAACCAUGGAUACGAUACGUCCUCGCAAAAGUGGAUUUGGGAAGCUCAAGGACAGAUCGCAACCGGUGUGUCUGCGCGCAAGAAUAUUCGAUUAGCAGAUUUGGACGGUGAUGGGCUUGCAGACUACCUGGUUGUCGACGAGAAGUCCGGCGCUGUGGUAUUCUGGCAUAAUGGCGGAAAGCAAACCGACGGUACCUGGAGUUGGACAAAUAUGGGACAAGUGGCCACCGGUGUUGGAGCUGGGGUAGGAGUCGAGUUCGCAGACAUCGACGGCGAUGGUAAAGCAGAUUAUUUAUGGAUUGCUGAGAAUGGAGCCGUGACAGCUUUUUUGAAUGGUGGGAGCGGCAGCUCAGGAUGGGUUUGGACCUCCCAGGGAGUCAUCGCGACAGGUGUCGGGGCAGCUCGACAAGAUAUCAAGUUCGCAGACUUGAACGGAGAUGGUUUGGCUGACUACCUCUGGGUGAACCGGCUUGAUGGAUCAGUCUCAGAAUGGCAAAACAUUGGUACCAAAGACAAUUGGCAAUGGGCACCCCAAGGUCAAAUCGCAACCGGCGUUGGUUCGAACGGGUUGUCUAUUCAAUUUGCGGUUCUCAACGGCAACGGGCGAGCAGACUACCUCAACGUUGCCCCAUCGUCAGGUGCAGUUACGCAAUGGGCCAACGAGUGCUUCGGGAGUCGUCGGGUUGACACUCAGCAUGCCUGGGUGGCUGCAGUCACAAACUGGAAGGCCAAAUUUUCCUCUGGGGGCCAUCGUUUCCCGCAGGAGGUCAGCAACUUCUUCCACGGUCCAGAUAAAUUGAGAUGCGGCGAAGUUGCAGAUCAUACUGGAUGCGAGCAGAAUGUUGUGUGCAGUAGCGUGAACCACCCUGCUGGAAUGUUCAUUCUUAAUUCAUUUGUACAGAUCCAUCAGAUGAACACGAACUUUUACGAUGCUAUCUUUCGGGCGGAGGCCGACUUGGCAGCUCUUAUGGGGGGUUUCUCGUCCACUUUUGCCCCAAUCAAAAAAAAGCCUGACAUUACAAAGUUGAUCUUGGAUUUUGCCAGCCUGGGUUAUGGAUUACUGGCGGCGCCCGUAUGGAAUAUUGCCUUGAAAGAACUCGACUACUUUGCUAAAAAUCCAAAUAAUUUGGCAACACUGAAAGACGAAACAAAUAAUCUUGUCUCGUUUGCAAUGGUAUUUUCUAAGGACUUAAGCAUAGGUGGUGUCACAUUAAAUGUGAACGAUUCUCUUGAAUCCGCUAUGGCUAACUUGAUCAAAUACUGGGUUGAAACCACUGCCGCAGUAAAUGGGAAAAUCUUCGACGGCUCGGCAGACUCUAUAGAACAGCUCACUCGACUGAUAGCCGAUGGCCGUGUGAUGGGAAACGUUCUUAGGCCCAAUGAUCGCGAAAUUCAGAAAUAUAUCAAACAGGGUAUCUAUGCUUGGCUUAUACCGAAAGCGUGGGGUUUAAGCAAUGAAGGGUUCUAUCCUUUCAUCCUCGAUUCCGGAGAGCAAUGUACAGGCGAGAAUCCACUACCGAAACUACCGAAAUACUUGUCUGACGAGACUGCCGAAAAAACUUCAGUAUGCUAUGAAGGACAUGUUUAUUAUUUCGUAUCUGCAUCCGGGAAGCACCGUACCUGUUCAACGGGUCCUGGUGGAAUCGUAAUCUGCGUCGCCAACAAAUUCACAGCCUUGCCGGGCAUGGAGGCACUUGACAGAGGGACGUAUGGUGAAGUGAGAAAGGCUGAUCUAGUCGCUGGUGCACUCGCAGGCUACCACGCGAAUGGAAACAAAAAUGGCUGGCCUACCGCCGAUCCCGGCCAGCAUACGACAGUGUCAGACCUGUAUGAUACGGGAAUUCAUAGUCCCGGCGUAGUUAUGAUUCCAAUUUGCGACCCCGAACUAGUAGUUCUUAAUUGGAGCAAUGGGGAUACUACUGCCCCUGGGUAUCCGUGCCAGGUAUAA